AUGGCAAUAUCUGAAAUGGCCACAGCUGUUACAGGCAGCAAGCUCACCAAAUUCAUCUUUGAUUCCCUUUGCACUGAUGAAAGCACUGAAGAGGUAAAGAUGGUCACAGCUGACAUCUCGGUGUUGGCUCACACCUCUGCAGAAGCUGAGAGUCUGACCUCAGAGAGCAGGGCCUCCUCUGACAUCACCACCUCGUCAGCCCUGGAACCUGGUAGCAUGGAUCCUUUUAAAGUGUGGGAGGCCUACACCAUUACGGGCGUUGAGGUUACCAAUAGCAGCGUCACAGAAACAGAUACAAGUGCUACUGUGCCUGGGCCCUCAGGAACAAACCACAGCCCCACCAGAGGAGUAGCGGCCCUGCCCACCCCUGAGAUAUCAGCCUCUCCGGAUUCCAUGGAAUCAGCACACAUCACUGACACCACAGCCUCUAAUGAGACCAUGUCAACUUUCAGCACCACAGAAUCAGGCACACCUGGGACCACAGGUGAUGUCCUACUAACCACCAAGGACACGACAGACACAGAAACACCAGUCAGGUCAGGCACACCUGGGACCACAGGUGAUGUCCCACUAAUCACCAAAGACAUGACAGACAGAGAAACACCCAUCAAGGCCUCUACCCACAACAGCCCUCUGGUGCCAGUUAGCAGCACUCAGUCCUGGGAAGAAACUUUAUCCUUCUAUGUUGGAACAAGUAGUCACAUUGAGGUCUCAGAAACAGUCACAGUCUCCACAGAAGCGGAAUCAACAAUGAGCAAAGUUCCUGCUCCACUGACAUUCUCAGCAACAAUGAAUAGCCCCUCAGAAGUAGUCACCAUCAAGAAUUCUACAUCUUCAGAAACUUUCACCACAGACAGUGCAACUGGUAGAACCUUCUCCACCAGCAGGGACCCUGUUCCUUCUGUCCAUUUGAUUACAGCCAACAGUAGCCAAAGAGCAAACAUCACUAUGAGUAAGACCACAGCCUCCUCAGGGCCCCUGAUGAGCACCAGCACAACCAGAAGGAAGCCUCCGACAGCUGUGCCCUCCACUGCCCAGACACAGCUGACCACAAGAGGCGCUGCAGAUGAGGAUGGAGGCUUCCUCCUCCUGCGGCUGAGUGUGGUCUCCCCAGAAGAUCUCACUGACCCUCGGGUGACAGAGAGACUGAUAAGGCAGAUCCGCCAUACGCUGCGUGCUCACAUGCUUCCCAUCCCAGUCUCCCUGCUGCGCGUCAGCAUGAGCUAA